CCACUACAAUUUUGAUGUCACAAUCUGACCGAAUUCUUGUCCAUUACUGUGGAAGGCUUCCUCUCCAGUGGGUUUGCUUUGUGUAUAGGCGUGUAACUGUAAUUGUAAUAUCCCUACUUUUUGAGCUGAAUGUUUCCGUCAUUAUCCCACAGGAAGUUGGUUCCCGUUGCGUGAGAGCCUUCGAUUAUGUUGCUGACAUCAUGAUAGCGACUCCAUCAAUGUCCGCGUGGUUGUUGUUUGGGUUACCGGAGUAGAUUAUUGUUUCUCCAGUUAACAAUUAAGAGAGUCCGACCCUUACCAUCUACUGUCACAGAUUCUCUGCAUUUCUUUACAACUUUACAUUUCUCUUGCAGUGUGAGACGCUUUGCUAGCCCAAGACAUAGUGCGAGCAUCCUGUGAUCCCAUGCUUAUUUUUGCCAUCAUCGUAAGAUGACAGAUUGGCUGGCUGACUUCCCAAAGGCUUUCACCAGCUGGCAUCAUUUCGUCUCUAACUUCAGCGAACGAUAUUUAUAUUCUUGUGCUAUGAAAUCUUUGUAGCCAUCAGAUUGAUGUUCUGGGGUUUGAAUGAAAAUGUAGGAGCCAAGCAUUUUCGCUUAUUACCUUUGUAUAUCCUUGAAAGUUGCCUGUAAGCUAUCACUUUUCCGAAUGACUUGUAGUGUGUCGUGAUUAUACUUGGAUGGACAUAAUAAAUUAAUAUGAAACUCUUGUUGUUACCCACUUUUAGAUGAUUUCGGAUAACGAAAUAUUCUCAUUUCCAAUUUCUAUACUCACUGGUCCAGAUGGGGAACAAAACUUCGAAAUGGUACGAGCUGCUGCAUGGCAGUCUCGUCGCAAAUCGGACAACAAUUUCGAUCGACUCCUCGCGGAUCUGUAUCCAGAUGGUCAGCCGGAGUUAACAUUGGAGAUGAUCCGUAUGGUUUCUUAUGUUAAGAAAGUCGCUCCACCUGGAACACUGGAUGCAUUUCCAUCCGCACUUCAAAGCGCCGAAUCAUGGAUCAGAGAUAAAUGGCGCUUUCAAGAGAGGGAUUUCGUUAAUACGACGCAUAGUUUACAACCUACAGGACCUGCUACAUCACUAAAAAAAGGUUUAAAAAUUAUUGAAACAGUUGUACCUUGUUCAAACUCUGUUGUCGAAGUUAAGAAACCGCAUGAUGCGAAACUCAUGGAACUUGAUCAGCAUACUCCAACCAAUGAUGAUUUAGCACCGAUGAAAAUUAAAGCUAAUCGUACACUUCCUGGAUUUGAAACCAUUCUGAAAUGUGGGAGAACACCUGAAGGGGGCAACACCAUGCUGAGUAAAGUUGAUUCUAUGGCUUUCAACAGUCCACUUGAUAUAGCUGGACGGAUUAAUCGUAUGUUUGAUAAGACACAGUUGAGUUUCGCAAAUACAAAACUUGUGAAUGAUUCCCAGAUGAAUGAAGAUACUCAAGCAUCGUGUCUAUUCGCGAAUUUGUCGCCUAUUAGUAGUACAAAUUCAAAAGGAAAGACUGUCUUAUGUUCUCCUGACUCACCACCCUGUGUGUUUGUACAGCAACCAAAAGGGUCCUCCAACGAAAAACGGCGUAGAUUGUCUUCAGAAAAACGUACUUCUCUGGAUACAUCUGAAAGUGAGAAUCAGGCAGCACAAAGUAGAGACGCAUCUUCUUCCCAAGAUGGUGUAAACAGUCGACAGAAAAUAAAUACGGGAGAUGCUAAUAUCGAUCAGUUGAAAUCAAAUGUAUUGAAUAUAUUUUACGAUCCUUUAGGCCUAGAAACAACUAAUUGGUGUGAUGAUGAUGGUCAAGCAGUGAAAAUUAAUAAUGGGGAGAAAUCAGUUGCUAUUUCUAACCGAACUAAUCCUCCGUCUGAAGAUAAACAAACUUCCCUUAGAUCUGCUGAUAUUCCUCUUGAUGAUAUUAGUACAAAAAUGAAUGUUCACAUGGAUGAUACUUGUCUGUUAGAAUUUUUGGAUCGUAAUCUGGCUAACAUUGAUUCUAAAAAGACUAAUAUUGUCGAUCAGCCAAAUAUUCUGCAUUCUUCUCCAACAGCUUUUAUGCAAGAUAUGCUUAAACAAGCCAUGAAAACUGUGAAACAUAAGAAUCAACAGUGAAUACGUAUUUUUUCUUCAUUGGAUUUAUUUACUCUACGUCGCUUCAUUUCUGUAUGCUUGUAUUUCAUGUGUCUUCAAUAAAUCACUAUUUCUCUGUAAAGUCUUCUAAAUUUAAUUUUUUUGUGUUUGUGUAUAUGAUUGUUACUCACCUAUUUUAAUUUCCUUAAGUGUUUUCAGUGGUGCACU